UGUAUGUUGUGUUGUGUGUGCGUGGUGAUUUGUGUUAAUGCUGAUAGAAAGAAAUUAAAUAAAAUCAGGUAUAUUUUGACGAUGAAACUUACAUAAAUGUGAAGAAACACAGUGUUUUGUGUUAUCAAGUGCUAGUGAAUCCGUCGGGAGGCGGUAAUCGUGUACGUUCUUUCGCUAUUUGUGGAUUCUGGAUCUCGUCGAUGUACCAUAAACAAAAAUGUCAGCGAUCCCGAUUUUUUGUUUCUUGCUGCAUACCCAUCGUUAUACCUUAAUUAGAUCACACGAAUGAUAUAAAAUAAUGUUAGACGCUUUCUCCCGGGGUAUCAUCGCGUUCGAACAGCGUUCCCGAGGCAAUAAAUCGGCCAUAGUAAACGUGCGUUUCGUGUGCUCGCGCCCGUCGACACCCGACCUAUCUCAUUGUUUAUGUAUGGAGAAUAAACCAGGAAUUUUUAUGGGGAUUCGCGAUGUAUUCUCGUUUUAAUUGAAUAUCUGGAAACAAUCAGGGGUUUGUGGCGACUGGUAGUGACGGCGGGGUCUGUCCGCGCCGUCGGCGUCCCCCCGACCGCCAAGGUUUUUCGUGAUCUCUAUUUAUAAUAAUCUCUCGAUCAUUUGGUGCAGCAUAAUGACAUUCUUGUAAUGAAGUGCCGUUCUGUGGAUUUGUGGGACAUGUGCCAAUUAUUGUGCCCGUGACGAAACGCGCCGCGGAUUAGUUUUUCCAGAAUCUUCGGUACACGGCAGCAUCCAGUGAUAAAUUCCCGGUCUUCACUUCUGCUAUAGAUUGGUUAUGCAAAUUAUUUAUUGAGGACAAGUCAAGUUGGCGAAGGCACGCAGGGGUAUGAUUAAGGAGAAGGAGAAGGGCGGAGGAGCCCGUCUCAAGGACGAGCCCAGCGAUCCUGCUGAGCCCGGUCAUGGGUCGCGUCCACCGUCAGCGUCGCUGCCGACCCCGGCGGCGCUGAAGAAGGAACCGGACGAGCCUCCGCACAGGGUCAAGCUAGAGCCCCACAGUCAGUCCGGCGAGGACUCGGCCGCCGACCUCGGCGUAGACGGCAUCAAGACUGAAAUCGACGGCCUUAUGGAUAGUGACGGUAAGUUCAGUGACCCCACAAAAUCUCCGUCGUGCGAGUUGGGCGGGCCAGGCUCUCUAAAGUCGGAGCGCCUGUCAUCAGACUCGAAUGAUAUAUUAGACCCACAAACAGGCCUAAGGGGCCCCUCAAGUAAUCUCCAGGAUGGUAAUCAAAGCUGUCGUAACCCAAACGGAGGUCCAGAAAAUAUGGGAUCGUGUCGUAUGGGAGGUGGUGGAGGCCCAAUGGGUCCAGGGGUCUCAAUGGGCCCUAUGUCGGCCAGUGAAGCACAAACUCUGCCGUCAAAUGUGAUUAGUAAGCAAGCUGGCAGUAUGGAGCAGCAAAGUCAAAUCUUCGUUUUCUCGACGCUAUUGGCAAACAAGGGUGCGGAGGCCGUAAUCUCAGGACAACAUCACUCUAUCAUUGCAUACCACUGCGCACAGCCGGGUACCAAGAAAUAUCUAGAGAAACAUCCAUUAAAAAUGGGACAGUUUAACAAACAGAGUCCUGCACAGUGGUUAAACAAUCUCGCCAUGGCUAAAACCAGGGGUGGUAUGCGCGGUGGGCCAAAUAUGAUGGGUGGGCCCAACCAAAUGGGACACAUGAUGGGCGGGCCCAUGGGUCCCAACAUGGGCCCGAUGGGUCACGGUGGUAUGGGACAUAUGGGUCCAAAUAUGAUGGGUCCCAACAGGAUGGGUGGGCCGGGAAAUCAAAUGAUGAUGAUGAAAGGUGGACCAGGACAAAUGGGUCAAAUGGGACCAGGGAUGGGCCCUAUGGAUGGGUUUCCAGGGGGCACCCCGUCCUGUGGUGUCAUGGACGGCCUCGGUGCUGAUGGUGAAAUGCCCUGGGACACCAAAAACCCCUCUGUAAUGUCGAAUGGUAUGGCAAACGGGCCCGGUUCGCUGCCCGCUUGCUCCGAGGCGGGCCCCACACCACAAGACGCACCCACCAGCCAGGCUUCAUCAGACUCAGGUCCUAACCAGCCCUGCCAAACUGGACCCAAAGGUGUAAAAAUACCAGAUGAAAACUUAACUCCACAACAGCGCGCUCACCGUGAAGAGCAAUUGGCUACUAUACGUAAAAUGCAACAGAUGUUGUUCCCAGAAAGUGGUGGCAACAACCCCAAUCAAGGCCCUAAUGAUGGUUCACAAGCCCCCAACGACAUCAACCCACCCAACUCAUCAGCCAAUAUGAACAUGUCUCCCUUUCCACCCAUGUCGAUGGGUCCCAAUGGUCCCAUGGGAUCAGGACCUAACGGCCCGAUGGUUUCCAUGUCCAACAGCAUGAACUCUGGCCCAAGCUGCACUAUGUCCGGCCCAAUGGGCCCCAACGGACCCAUGGGAGGUCCAAUGGGCCCUGGGGGUCCCAUGGGUCCAAACGGACCUAUGGGCGGGCCGAUGGGAGGUAUGGGCGGUCCGGGCGGUAUGGGGAUGGGUGGGCAUGGUUCUAUGGGACCUAAUGGCAUGAUGGGUCCAAACGGACCUAUGAUGUCGGGUCUUGGCCCUAACGGUCCUAUGGGUCCUAUGGGACCCUGUGGAAUGAAAGGUAUUCGAGGUCCAUGUGGAGGUCCUGACAUGAAAACAGGAAUGUGCACAGAUAUACACAUGGGAAGAGGUUGUGGAGGGCCUAUGGGGCGUAUGCCAAAUCCAAUGGGCGGUAUGGGAGGGCCUAAACAAUGUAUGAUGGGUGGACCUCACAUGGGCCCUAGAAUGAUGCCAGGACCUAAUAUGAAUGCAAUGAACGUGCCGCGUCUUCCAGGAGGCAUUAUGAUGGACGGCAUGAUGGGUAUGCACGGAGACUGCGGGCCCGACCAUCACGGAAUGUCGGUCAAUGGACCCAUGUGCGACGAGUAUGGACGCGGUAGAAAUAUGGGUCCAGGCGACCCUGGCGGGCUGGGCCCUGGAGUCCACAAGGCGGGGCUACGCAGCCCCAAGAGCCCCGCCUCCGCAGACAUCGACUGGCAGAAGAUACACCACCAGUUCUUCGACGACCCCAAAUCUAUGGACAAUGAUAUGAAAAUGUUUGCAGGCACACAAGUGAAGUCACCUUGCUCGGAAAGAGGCGGCUGUCUGCCGCCGCCGCCCUACGGGGCUUCGCCUUUACACCGUUCCGCCUCCGUGCCUAUAGACGAUCGUUAUUCCCGGUCCGCAGCGACACAGUCCCCCGGCCACGGGUCUGUUCAAAUGCCCAUGUCGGCGGAAGCUUCCCGCGCCGGCUCAGGUCUUAACAGUCCCGCGCAUUGCAAGCCCGGGCCUAAGAACGAUGCCCCAGAAAUAUUAGAGAAACUAGACGAGGGGGUGUUUGUCCGUACUCUCCAAUGUUUGGCGGCGCAACAGCAGAAGAACCAACAAGGUAGCUCGCACGGCAAGGAGCCGAGUUUGAUGCCCGUGCCAUCACCGCAGCAAAUAUCGUAUCUCAACCAGUUCGAAGGUCAAGAGUUAACGAUACAGAAACAGCCGAACACAUCGUUAAAAGACAACGGGCCGCCUUCAAACAGUGGAGGGCAGACGCCACAAUCUAAUUCUAAUCAGAAAUCACCUGCCGGCAUGAUGCCGGGCACCCCCGAGCCUCACGGGUCGCUGGCGGAGGCGCGCUCGGGCCGCUUCUCGCUGGAGCAGAGCCCCGGCUUCAACAACCCGCAGACACCCACCUCCGCUGCCAACACCAAGUGCCAGGACGAAAAAUCAAGGCCUAGUCCAUCAUCAAACCGGUCAAGUCAAGACAGCGCAUCAAAAACACCUCAGCGAGAUACUCCGAACUUGAGUCAAGGUCCGUACGCGCCGGCGUCGUCAGCGUCGUCAUGUGCUGGCAGCGUUAAGAGUAGUUGCAGCGUCGCGUCCAGCGGCGCCGUCACUACAGCCAGCGGAACCAUGGAUGAUUCCAUGGCGGGGAAUAAUGAGGUUAGAACAACGCUAUCGGGUGGUCCAAACAGCACAAGUCUGCCCGGACCUUUCCCCGGACCGUGCAGUAUGAACAGGCCAGACAACAUUCCCAUCAACCCUAAUCAGGGGCCUAAUGGGCCCAUGACUUCCACGUCUUCCUUCGAUCCCAUCUCGUCGCUCGCGCAGAUGUCGCAGCAACUCACCAACACGGUGGGCGGCGGCGGGCCCGGCCCCGGCGGCCCCAUGGGGCCCAAUGGCGGCAACAUGGGACCUUUCGGCUCGGGACCACACCACAUGCAACAUCACCACUCAAUGCAUCCACAUGGACAUCCGCACAUGAUGAUGAAUGAUUUAGGAUGCCACAUGGACAAUAUGGGAGGCCCGGGGAUGGGUGGACCCAUGGAAGGUAUGAUGGGUGGCGGCGACUUCCCACCAGAUAUGAACCUAAGUCCGAAAAUGGGCGGAGGGCCCAUGGGUGGACCAAUGGGCCCAAUGGGACCUGACGCGUCUAUGAUGGGACCUAGAAUGGGUGGGGCCGGAAAAAUGCCUCCCUUCAACGGCGCCAACGUACAAGUGAAAGCCAGCGCACCAAACACGAUACAGUACCUGCCCACAAGGCCUCAGAUGCCUUGCAAUUCAGGCCCGCGAGGUCCUCCCAGCCUAGACUUCUUGCAGCGAGUUACGAACCCCCAAAUGCAGAUGGAGAGUGGCAAGGGCGGCGUGCCUUAUUUCCCGGGUGGACGCGGCAUGGACAUGGAGGGCAGCAUGCGCGGCGUCAUGAGAGCGCCGGGGAUGCUGCGCAUGCCGCACCAUUACCCAGCAGGUUUUAACUCACCACCUAAGAUGGCCGAUCCGUUCGGCGGACCUGGGCCGAACCCCAUGUGCGGGCCCAGUUUCCGCGGCGUCAAGGGCGGUAUGGGCCCCGGUAACGUACGUAUGGGCUCGGCACAGCCGCUGCCGCCUUCUAUGGGCGGGCCGGGCCCGGGCUUCAAAGGCCAGGGCUUCGCCGUACCGUCCACGGCGGACCCCACGUACGCAGCGCAGUUCCACAACUUCCAGCAGCAGCUGUACGCGACGGGCUCGCGCGCCGCGCAGCCGCACCAGGCCUACCCGCCCUACCAGCCGUCCAAGUGAUGGCUGGCCUGACUGCGCGUGCGCCCUGACCCGGUCUACGAUAUGGCCUGUCGAAGCUGUUCAGUUUUAGCGACGUUCGUUCUUUUGUAUUGCAGACUGAUCGGUGGUAGUUUGUGUUUUUCCUUGGCGAGAAACGCGACCGUACUUAAUAAAUUGUACACCAGUGAAAUGAGAGAUCAAAUAUUUUGUUAGUGAUUUUCGUUAGUCCGCGUAUUAUUGUGAGAUUUUUCGAUGUUGUGAAGUUUUUUCAAACUAAUUUUAUUAUGUUUAUUAGCGUAUCGGUUUUGUUUUAGGUCAUUACUCUAGGUUUCUUGACUGAGCAUGAAUUUUAUGUUAGUGAAUGCAGAUGCGUUUGUACAAAUUGUACAAAUUUUAGACGUGUUAUUGUGUACUCUACAUAAUUAAAAGUACAGUUUUAGACGUAAUUUUUUGCUUAUGGCAAUAAAUUAGUUUUAGAUGGUUUUUUACACAGACAUGCCAGAAUUUCAGUGUAUCGGUUCCUUUACUUAGCUAUUUUUUAUAUAUGAUUCCUAUGCACACAGAUAUCUAGUCAAUUUUGAAAUUAAUGGAGCCCAACCCUGUGUUAAAACGUAAUCUUAAACUAUUGAAUCCGCACUUUGGUUACUUUAAUAACACAGAAGUACAUAAUUUUAUAUGUUUUGUCCAUUUUAGUUUUAUAUUAAUUAAUCUUAUUAGUAAAAUUGGUUUAUUUUAAUUAUUUGGCUUAUAUGGUCAGUAUAAAUUGAAAAUUAAUGUAUCAGUUUUUAAGACUGUUUCGUUUUCGAUCUGAUAGCAAUGUUUUUUCUGUCUUCCAAUACCUUUACUAAACUCUUAAUAUUACAUUACAGCUAGUAACGAGUAUAGCUACUUUUAUACUCCGCUAAAAGCUAAAACUUGCGUAAAGCAAGUGCUAGUAGUCUUUACUUUUAAUAAUUAAAAGUACUUAAAAUCUGAUGCCAUAUUAUUUGCCACAUGAAUUUAAUUUCGUGAUAUUUUUAACCGUCUUAUUUAAUUUAUUAUUGUCUGUAAUUCUGUAUGAACAAUGCCAAGAUUAUCUGAACGCAAAAGUUUUUGUUUUAAUCAUAGUACAUAGGGCAUAUUAAUAUGCUAGGCUAGUAGUCGCACAUUGUGGAUGACACAGUGGCCUUGGUUAAGUAAUGCCUUGUUUAUAAAGCAAUGAACCCCGGCGGAUGCGGAGUGAGCGAGGAGCGAUCACUUACCGGACCUGCGUGCAGACUGCACUACACAAUAAUCCCAACAAAUCAUCGAAUUAUUAUAAUCCGUGCUUCAAAUUCAUGUCUCAUCUUACGGAUUCGUAAACGUUACAAGCUAAUUUGUGCGACGGAAAACAAAAGUCAAAUUAGCUUUACGUUUAAAAUAGUCUCAAACUAGUUAGCAUAGACAUCUUAAAAUAAUAUCGGUAUCUAAAUUUGUCUUGGCGUUUGACAGAAAAAAAUAGCAAUAAUGAUCUCUUUUUAAUUAAAUAAGGUCAGGAACUGUGUCAAAUGACCAAUGACGCCGAUAUUAUGCGCUUUUUUAUUAAUGUUGUAGUAGUGACUCGAUAAGAGUAAAUUUCGUAUUAUUCGGGACUUAAAAAAUAGUGUUUAUCUUAAGGACUAAAGCUAAAUUUGAGCAUCAUAACGAUACUAGUCCAGUACUCCCGUGAUCUCAUUUACUGCUUUGUGCCAAUUGCCAAGUAUCGUUGGGUGACGUAACACGUCGAAUAAAUAGUCUCGGAGACACGAAGCGCGUUCCAACGAAAUAUAAUAAACAGUGUUAGCCGCGGUGUAAGCUCAACGUAGAACAGUCUGCACUCAGCUCCAGAUCUCGAGAUUACAAAGGGCAUGGAGUAAUUGUGAGAAACAGCACAACAGUCCAGUAAGAAACACCCGCUAGCAAUUAGAUAGUCUUAAUUUAAUUGUAAUUAUAAUAUAAGGUAAAGAAUGGUUCUUGUUUUAGUAAUAAGCAAAGAGCAAUGAUAUAAAAUAGUUUGUGUAAUAUUGAUAAGAGAUGAAAUUAAGAUGCAAACUAUUGGUUGUGAUUCUGACACAAUUUGUUAAGUUGUUCGUAGAUUUGUCACACGGAGAAUUGUGGAAACUUACUGACUUCACGAUAAGGCCCUUUAAUUUUUAUUUUUUGUUUUUUGAAUAUUUUUUACUUGUCGUUCUCGUGUGUACAUCGCUAACAAUAAUUGUACAGAGUACUUUUGGACUUAAUUUAAGGCAAUAAAUGUAUUUAUUUUAUAACUCGUGAUGUAAGAAUUUAUUCUUAAUUAUUAUA